AUGGGAUGCGGAGUCGACGCCUGCUACUCAACAGAACCCUUCAGCACCACCCUGGUCGAUAUCCUCACAAUCACCUCUGGCGGUAAGACCAUCACCACCACUCAAGUUUCCGCCGUCCUCACCACCCCCACGCCUCCUCCCGCUCUUACGGCCGCCGACGAUGGUGCCGGCGUCAUCCCGAAAUUCAUGCCCACCUCCGUUCCCAAAGCCUCCGCCAUUCCCAAAGACAACAAAGACGACGACGGCGGCGGUGGACUCAAGGGCGCCCAGCUAGGCGGCAUAAUCGGCGGCGCCAUUGCCUUGCUGAUUAUCGUCAUCAUCGCCGCCUUCCUCAUCAUCCGCCGUCUCAAGCGGGUCGAGUCCGCCAUGGAAUCCAAGAAGGGUUCCAUCUCCGGCUACCACUCCAAAGCCUCGUACACCAAGACCUCCAAAACCGGCGCCUCCAAGACGGAAAUGGAACAAUCCGGCCGAUUCCUGCACGUUAGAGCCCCCUCGGACGCUGAUAACGCCAGCGCCGAUCCUCUGAUGUUCAUGACCGAGACGAACACGCCCGGGGAUCACACGGGUAACACGAGCAGUUUGGUGGGGACGCCGCAGCCUGGGGCACAUGGUGGUAGACACAACAGGUCAGGGAGCGAUGCUUGCAUGGUCUCACCUCACGGCGGCGGCGGUAAUAACGGGAGCGGAUUAGUCAGUCCCGAUCCGAACACGGGCUACUUCGACGGCCCUUCACCACCACCGGGUACCCAUCUCCACAAGAACAAUGGCAUGCGUGAGAGCGUAGACAGCCAAAGCACCGCCGGGUUGGGAUAUCACUACAGCACCCGCAACCAAAACCAAAACCACUGGCGGCACCAAAGUAACGCCAGCGAACUUUCCGCCGACGGAAGCGAGAUCACGCACGGCGUGGGAAGUCCCUUGGUUGGUGGUCAUGCUAGAGGCGCAUCCGGCAGCGGACUAAACGACGUCCCCGAGCUUGAUUCGAGUGGCAUGUUCGUCGAGUUACCCGCAACUGCUACCGCCUCCAAUACCAUAUUUGGAGAAUCCCCUAUUCUCCCUGUCAACCCUAAUAAUAAUCGCCUGCUGCCGCGUAACUCCUUCGGCGGUCUAUCACCCGCUUCGAGAAGGACUAGUAAUCCUAGCAGUCCCAACCCCAACCUCAUCCACAAUAGUCCCAACCCUAAUAGCCCGCACGCAAGAAACGACAGCACAGACACCAACAACCCCCUCGAUGUUCUCUCCGAAACAGCCGAAUUCAUCCCCCGCUCUCACCAACAACAACACACUUCUUUGGAUGGCUACUACGGCCCCUCAGAUAAACAAGUCGGCCAAACCGCCGCCGGACUAGGAUUCGUGCCGGAGGCGUGGGAUGGGAGUUCGCCUGGUGCGUAUCCGAUGGGGUUUCCGAUGAUUAGCGUGCCGGGGUAUGGACUUGGUGUUGCUUCUGAUGAGGGUACUGGAGGGGAUGGGGAUGGGAGGGAUGAUGGACAUGAGACGCAUGAUGACCUGGAGGAGGGGGAGGGGGAGGGGACGCUGGAUACCGCGCUGGAUAUUGAUGAGAAGCUUGAGGAACUUGAGGGAGUUGAGCGGGGGAGGGGAAGGGGGUGCAGGAGGGGCAGCAGAAGGGAGAUGGGCAGUUGCAGGGGGAUGAGAGUGAGAAGGGAAAGCAAUAACAAUGGACGACGGAUGAUGACACGGAGGAGAGUAGACAGAUGUUACCUCUAA